AUGUAUUACUUUCCGGUCCUUCUCACAUUACUUUCAUCUGGUCUCGCGGAGCAAUGGCGGCAACAGCCCCUAGGAGAUCUAUUUUCAGGGCACUGGGAGAGUCCGUUGGGGGGAUUUGGGCUCUCUCUAUCAGAAUGCAAAACCAGCCAUACAACAGCAUAUCAGCAAGGGUAUGGGCCGGUAGAAUUCUCUCUCUCAACGACAGAGCAUCUAGAGGUACCAAAACUAUCGUCCAUCAACGCCACAGCAUGGGAACAAUGGGAAUUUGACGGUGUGUCCGAGUCUGGCAACGCCGGAUUGAUUGUGGGGUUCUCGCGUGAUGCCUCCUACGCCUUCUUUGGUCAAGGCAAUCUCCGCGUUGAGUUUUUCAUGAUUUUGGAGGAUGGAACUGUCAUUCAAGAACUUGACUACCUACAAGAAUCGACCAUUAUUGUCUGUGAUGACACCGUAACGGGCAUCUGGAAUAGUACCGGCCGCAGUUAUUCCUUCCAGAUCUCCAAGGACAUGUCUCAGGCGAAAGUAUGGUGGGAUACUCCUCAGGCACAAGGAAGCCUGUCUCUACUGUCCCAAUCGCCCCCGCAUCUUGCAGAUGGGUCGCUGUGGCCUGCUGCUGACAAGAAUGCAACAACUGAACUCGGGCCUGGGUUACACUUCAAUCAACCCAUCGCUGGCGGCCGUAUAGAGGCUGAUGUCACGAUAAGAGAGCAGCGGAUCCUUGUCUCGGGAACCGGUGGACAUGGCCGCCUCUGGGCCAAAGAUGGUUGGUUCCAGAUAUGCAGUGGAUGGUUCAUUGUUCGUGCCUCUGCAGGGCCAUAUGUCCUUUCCUACUGGGAGAUCGUAUCCCGAAUCAAUCCAGGUGUCUCAUACUAUUCUGCACAAUUGUUCAAAGAAGGUGAAUUGCUAGUCGCAACGCAGAUUGGAGAGCGAUCUGAUGCUCAGGACCACGUUCUCUAUACACAGGAGCUCGGAGGCAAUGUGACCGGACUCCUCAGAGACCGCUCCACCGGCCAUGUGGUCGAGUUUGUAUCUCCAGUGCAAAGAAAGAGGUGGCGCUUCCUUGUUCGAAAUAAAAGAAAGAAGUUCGAGAUGGGCAUGGGUGGCGGCUCUGGCCUCACAGGAUUCACAAAUAUUGUGACGGGAGGAGAAGUCUGGGAGAAACCAUACGAAGGACGCGGAUUCUCAGAGCAAGUGACCUUGCCGGACAAAAUCAAACAAUGGCAAAUUUGGCUUGUCUACGGUAUUGGCUUCCUCAACAAGGGGAAAACGUCUUUGAUCAAGAUGAUUGGAUAUAUAAUUUGA